AAGGAGAAGACCAACUUAUUUCUGUUCCCUGUCUGUUCAGAGGACUUUACCCCCACGCUGUAUCUGCCUGUGUGAACUCAAGCCUCUGUUAAGCUCUCCAUUUUCUGCCAGGGCUGAGGUGUCUGGAAAUCGGACAGUUAAAGAGGCCUCUGUCCACCGCGUCUGGCAGCCGCUGUGCCUUCUGUACGUCACGUACUCAAAGAUGGCCGCCCCCGGAGCGGCGAGGCGACGCAGGCUUGGACGCGUCUCCUCCUGAGGAAAAGCCGGAAGGCCGCAUUCCGCUCUCCAUGGAAACGCGGCUGACCCUCUCUGGAGGUUUAGAGGGGGAGGGAGUUGGACGAGGGGCCCAGAAGUGGAAGAAGUUUAGGGAAGUAAGUUCAGCUUUUAAGAGGUCGCGGCUGUUCCAAGGAGAGUCAGUCCACAGGUCCUGGCUACCCUGGGAAGAGACAAGAAGUGAAUGAAGAAAGAGGAAGAUUCCAGGACCUAGAUAUGAUUUCUGUGGACGCCCUUCACUGGUGACUGAGGUUUCUAACUAGAAAUUUAAGGCAGAUCCAGAGGAGACAAAGACAGAGUAUCCCAGGUACUGGCCAUUUCCCGCAACAGAAGAAAAUGAUCAAUGCCCAGGAAUUGCUGACACUGGAGGAUGUUACUGUGGAGUUCACCUGGGAGGAGUGGCAGCUCCUGGACCCUUUUCAGAAGGAUUUGUACCGGGAUGUGACGUUGGAGAUCUACAGCAACCUGGUAUCAAUGGGUUAUCAAGUCAGCAAACCAGAUGCACUCUCCAAGUUGGAACAAGGAGAAGAACCAUGGACAAUGGAAGAUGAAAGGCACAGUCGAAUCUGUCCAGAAAACAACAAAGUUGAUGAUCAUCUGCAGGAUCACUUGGAAAAUCAAUGGAUGCUGAAGAGUGUGGAACAAUACCAUGAACAUAAUGCAUUUGGAAAUACUGCCUCUCAAACCAAAAGCCUUUGUCUUUUCAGGGAAAAUCAUGAUACAUUUGAAUUAUAUAUAAAAACUUUGAAAUCAAAUUUAAGUUUAGUCAACCAGAAAAAAAGCUGUGAAAUUAAGAACUCUACUAAAUUUAAUGGAGAUGGGAAAUCAUUUCUUCAUGGUAACUAUGAAGAACUUUAUUCUGCAGCUAAAUUCUCUGUAAGUACAAAAUCCAAUAGCACUAAAUCCCAAGUCAGUAAGCAUCAGAGAACUCAUGAAAUAGAAAAAAACCACAUAUGCAGUGAAUGUGGGAAAGCGUUUGUCAAGAAGUCUCAGCUCACUGAUCAUGAGAGAGUUCAUACAGGAGAAAAACCUUAUGGAUGUACUUUGUGUGCAAAAGUGUUCUCCAGAAAGUCCAGGCUAAAUGAACAUCAAAGAAUUCAUAAAAGAGAGAAAUCUUUUAUAUGCAGUGAAUGUGGAAAAGUCUUCACCAUGAAGAGCCGUCUGAUUGAACAUCAGCGAACUCAUACUGGAGAGAAACCCUACAUAUGCAAUGAAUGUGGAAAAGGCUUCCCAGGCAAGCGUAAUCUCAUUGUACAUCAGCGAAAUCAUACUGGAGAGAAAUCCUAUGUAUGUAGUGAAUGUGGAAAAGGCUUCACUGGGAAGAGCAUGCUUAUCAUACAUCAGCGAACUCAUACAGGAGAGAAGCCCUACAUCUGUAGUGAAUGUGGGAAAGGCUUCACCACAAAGCACUAUGUCAUCAUCCAUCAACGAAAUCAUACAGGAGAGAAACCAUAUAUAUGCAAUGAAUGUGGGAAAGGCUUCACCAUGAAGAGCCGUAUGAUCGAACAUCAACGAACUCAUACAGGAGAGAAACCCUAUGUAUGCAACGAAUGUGGAAAAGGCUUUCCCAGGAAGAGUAAUCUGAUUGUACAUCAGAGAAAUCAUACAGUAGAGAAGUCAUAUCUAUGUAGUGAAUGUGGAAAAGGUUUUACUGUGAAAAGCAUGCUCAUCAUACAUCAGCGAACUCACACUGGAGAGAAGCCCUACAUAUGCAGUGAAUGUGGGAAAGGCUUCCCCUUGAAGAGUCGGCUGAUUGUACAUCAGCGAACUCAUACUGGAGAGAAACCUUACAGGUGCAGUGAAUGUGGGAAAGGUUUCAUUGUGAAUAGUGGACUGAUGUUACAUCAGCGAACUCAUACUGGAGAGAAACCGUACAUAUGCAAUGAAUGUGGAAGAGGUUUUGCCUUUAAGAGCAAUCUUGUUGUACACCAGCGAACUCAUACUGGAGAGAAACCCUUUAUGUGCAGUGAAUGUGGAAAAGGCUUCACCAUGAAACGCUAUCUCAUUGUACAUCAGCAAAUUCAUACAGAAGAGAAAUCUUGUAUAUGUAGUGAAUGUGGAAGAGGCUUUGCCAAGGAAACUGAGCUUGCUUUACAUAAGCAAGUUCAUACUGGAGAAAAACCUUAUGGAUGCAAUGAAUGUGGUAAAGGCUUCACUAUGAAGAGCCGUCUAAUUGUUCAUCAACGAACUCAUACAGGAGAGAAACCCUUUGUAUGUAGUGAAUGUAGAAAAGCCUUCUCCUCAAAGAGAAAUCUCAUUGUACAUCAGCGAACUCAUAAUGGAAACAAACCCUAACAAUGCAAUGGACAUGGUCAUGCCUUUGGGAAGAAAAUCUGUCUUGUACAACAUCAGAGAUUUCACAGUAUAGAUUUUCUACAUGUGUACUGAGUAUGAAAAAUCAUAUUUCAAAAUCCAGUGUUAUCACUGGAUGAAUGCUAUCAAUGUCAGAAAGGCUUCAACAUGAAUUCAGGCUCUGAAUUCUUUGAUGUACCAAUGUAUAGAAAAUAACUCAGAGAGAUUCUGUGGAUUGGGGGUAACCUUUCAUUUGUCAACCUUCAUUAAAACUAUGACAACGUCCACAUGACAAAUAUGUAAGGUACAUAGUCCUUUUGCAGAUAAUCUGAACUGAUUACAUACAAACAAAUUCAUGCAGAGAGAAAACCAAGUUAGUAAUGUGAACUGAUUAAACAGCAGUGUGCUCCCAGCAUACAUAUAGGCAGUGUAGAGCAGCCUGUUGCUAGAUUUUCACCCUUGGAAGAUAAUGCAAUUUGCAGGAGUGAAUUUUAAUGAAUGCAGAGAAUGCACUAGUGCCUUCAGUGAUUAAUUACCUCAUAUUGUAUAUCACAAUAAACAUGUAGGAAAUAAACUUGAUACAUCCAAUGCAGAAAAGUCUUGAAAAUUUUCUAAGUAACUAUGUCUUGAAAAGUAUUUACUGAGAUAAAUCUUACAAAGGGGGAGGCUAGGAAAGCCUUCUAUGGGAAGAAAGACCCUAUCCAGUGAUCAUAAUAGAUCAUCAAUGAACUUACACAUACUAGCAGCAUUAUCAUGUGAAAGCCUUUGCCCAGAAAUAAAACCUUAACAGUUGGCAGAUAUAUUUCAUAUUGGAGAAAAAGUUUCAGAUGGCAGUGAAUACAGUAGGAUUUCGUGAUACAUGCUGCCUCAUCAUCAUUACUUCAUACAGAAAUAAAACUUAUAUGAAGAGUAACUUUAAAAAGGAUCAGGAAAUUCAUGAAGUAAAAAAGUCUCAUGAAAAUGAUACAUAAUGCCGGGCACAGUGGCUUGCGCCUGUAAUCCCAGCACUUUGGGAGGCCAAGGUGGGUGGAUCACUUGAGGUCGAGAGUUCAAGACCAGCCUGACCAACAUGGUGAAACCCCCUUUCUACUAAAAAUACAAAAUUAGCCGGGCAUGGUGGCUCAUGCCUGUAAUCCCAGCUAUUCUGGAGGCUAAGCUGGAGAAUCACUUGAACCUGGGAGGCAGAGUUUGCAGUGAGUCAAGAUUGCGCCAUUGCAUUCCAGCCUGGGCAACAAGAGCGAAACUCCGCCUCAAAAAAAAAAAAAAAAAAGUAUUUGAGGACUUUCUGUCACAAAUCUAAACCAUGAUACACUUGAUAUCUAUUCUGGGACAGCAUACCUUGCAUCAUAUUAUCAAUGAUUCCAUAAUUGUAAAGCGGGCUGUUCUUAUCACUGAUUAAAUUUUAAUGCUAUAUA